AUGGCGGCAUCGGCCGCUUCAUACAAGGACCGGCAAUUCCUGGCCGUCAUUGGCGACGAAGACUCCGUCACCGGGCUUCUGCUUGCAGGCAUCGGGCACGUCACCGAUCCGCCGGACUCCCAGCGAAACUUCCUCGUCGUCGAUUCCAAGACCGAGACCUCGGAGAUUGAGCGCGCCUUUGAGAACUUCACACAGGAGCGGAAAGAUAUCGCUGUAGUUCUGAUCAAUCAGCAUGUGCGUAUCCGUUUGUCCUUCUCCAUUCGCUUUUGCCUGGAACGUAUCCGUCACAGCGUCGACACAUUCUCUGACCCCUUCCCUGCUGUCCUGGAGAUCCCGAGCAAAGAUCACCCCUACGACCCGGAGAAAGACAGCGUGCUCAAGCGGGUGCGACGACUCUUUGGCGAGUAA